CUGGUAAAUCCUGCAAUAGUUUCCGCGUUAGAAUCGACCGACCUGGCCCUGGGAAGUUACCACCCCUAUCAUCGUUGAGACCUCGAAAGGGGAAGGGAUGAAGGAGGAGACGGUGAAGCUGAUAAGCGCGGAGGGGUUCGAGUUCGUGAUUGACAAGAAGGCGGCCAUGGUCUCCCACACCAUCCGCAACAUGCUCACCUCCCCUGGUGGCUUCGCGGAGACGCAGCUUGGGGAGGUGACGUUUCCGGAGAUCAGCACCCCCAUCCUCGAGAAAAUCUGCCAGUAUUUCUACUGGUCCCUUCAAUACGCCAGUGGAAAGGAGACGGAGUUUCAUAUUGAACCUGAAAUUACUUUGGAGUUGAUGAUGGCGGCUAAUUAUCUCCACACUUGAGUUCUUUGUCCCUGUGACUGUGGAGCUUCUUUGUUACAUUUGUAGGAUUCUAAAGUGGAUUAAUUUGAUGGUCUUUUGGCAAGAAAGUUACAGAUUCUUGUGACUGGACAUUGUUAGAUUGUCAAUUGUGUUAAAAUUGGCAAAAAGAAAACAUUUAUAUGAGCUACUGCUACUGCUACUGCUUUUUCUUGUUCUUCUUCUUCUUCUUGUUUGAUAAUAAUAUGGAUGAUAUUAUAAUUCUCUACAUUGCAAGA